AUGGCUUCUUCAAAGAGGAGAGCGGAGGUGUUGCCAGCGGGGACAAGAAGGAUCUAUUCCAUGUUGUCCACAAGGUGCCCGCCGGUGACAGCCCCUUGUGGAGAAGCAACCGGAUAUGGCAAUUGUGUGGUUCUGGAAGGCAAUCAACUCAGGGGACAGGGUGGACAGUGCCCUGAAGGACAUGGCCGUGGUGAUGAAGCAGCAGGAUCGUUCACAGGAGGCAAUCGAGGCCAUCAGAUCCUUCAGGCACCUUUGCUCCAAGCAGGCUCAGGAAUCCCUCGACAACCUCCUCAUCGAUCUCUACAAGAAAUGCGGAAAGUUGAGGAACAGAUUGAGCUUCUGAAACAGAAGCUGAAGAUGAUAUACUUUGGUGAGGCCUUCAAUGGGAAGGCGACAAAGAAAGCACGAUCCCAUGGCAAGAAGUUUCAGGUCUCAAUCCAACAAGAGACGUCUCGCAUUCUGGGCAAUCUUGGCUGGGCUUACGUGCAGCAGAACAACUUUGAAGCCGCUGAAUUGGUGUACCGCAAGGCACAAACUAUUGAGCCUGGUGCCAACAGGGCGUGCAACCUUGGACUGUGCCUGAUUAAGCAGGGUAGGCAUGAGGAGGCACGGCAAGCACUCGAGGAUGUUCGACUACGUAGAAUCUAUGGAACAGAAGAUGAAAAGGUGGUCGCCCGUGCUGAGCAGCUUCUCCGCGAACUAAACCCAUUGAAGUGUGUUUCAUCGCCAUUCGAAGUUGGCCUCGGUGUCCAUGAAGAGAUCAUUGGUAAACUAGACCUUGUGAUGAAUGAGUGGACGCCAUUCAGUGUCACCCUUGUAGAAGUUUUUGUUCAUAUACUGGGUGCGGGGGAUGGGGGUGUGACAAUUUCCUCAAACAGUGGACAAAUGUUCGUGCAUGUCCUGAACUUGUACAGGAUGCAAUUGGCUGUUGUGAACUGA